GAGCCAUCGUGAAGCCGGAGGCUGAGCUGAGCAAAGGAGCUAGGGGUGCAGGCGGUGCCCCUCGGAGGCCUGCGGACCUGCUACCUUCUCCCGCCUUCCUCCUGCCUGCAGUGAGGUCACUGAGUGGCUGCAGUGCUGCCGAGGCCCAGCUCAGGCUGCAGAAUUGUGUAACCCGUGACCUCCGGUUCCCCCUCCGCCGCGACUGCUUGGCCACCCCGGCCCUGCCACCCGCGCUGCGUGGUUCGCUGACUUGUGAGCCCACAGAUCUGCUUCUGAGUCCCGCCGCCUCCUUCCUCCAGUGCAGAUCAACAGAAGAGAUUCUUGGGUCCUAGAGACCAAAGAAAGAAUCAGCAGGAAUGCCCAGGGUGAAUGAUGGAUUGCAGAGCCUGGCUGAACUCAACAAAAAUCCAGUGGAAGGCUUUUCAGCAGGUUUAAUAGACGACAAUGAUCUCUAUCGUUGGGAAGUCCUUAUUAUUGGUCCUCCAGAUACACUUUAUGAAGGUGGUGUUUUUAAGGCUUAUCUCAUUUUCCCAAAAGAUUAUCCCCUCCGGCCUCCUAUAAUGAAAUUCAUUACAGAUAUUUGGCCCCCAAAUGGCAAGCUUCCUCUGAUUUGGAACAAAAUAAAAACAGGCUGGUCUUCCCUUGUACCUGACACAGGCAAAUUGAGCUGGCCCAGACAGCAGAGCUCUGUAAGGCAUGUUGAUAUUGAUUGCUUCUUUGUCUCAGGGGCUAUAAGAAAUAUAACAGAUCUCAAAGGAAAAACAGUGGCUCUGUCAGCAACUAUGGCACAGGAAGGUCACCUUUUCAUCGUGGUGCUAACAUCCAACUGGAGUGGCAGUAUUACCAAAAUAAAAUCCUGAAAGGAGAAGCAGAUCAUGCUGACCCAGAAAGUGGAGAUUUGAUUGCUGAGAUUAAAGGCUUGAGCCACCAUGAUUAUCUGUAAUAAAGUGAGGUGUUAGAGCCUGUGGCCUAGUGAAGUGAACAUCGGGGCUGGGCGAGUAUGGACUCAGAGAUGACCAACUCUGUGUGUGUGUGUUCUUCAGUCUCAGGUUCCUUUUGUUAUUUGACCUCUAUACAAUAGGGUCUGAUUACAGGUUAUUCUUUACAGGACCGGUGGGUGUAGGUCUGGCCUUAGAGAUAACAAACUCAGAUCAGGAGAUUUACAUUUGAGUUAAUACAAAGCUCAGAGCUGCCUCAAAGCUGCUCAAAGCUGCAGAGGCUUGAGAGAUGCAGUUUUGUCUUGCAGGCCUCACUUAGAGAGUUUCUGGCCAAAAGAACAUUUUUAACAGAUCCAUACAGAUGUGGUUCAAAAUGAAGUUCAAACUUAGAUCUAAAAUUUUGGCCUGCCUACUACAUACAAAAUUAUUAUAGAUUUAAGAUUUUCAUUAGAAGGUUAUUCCUCAAGAAAUGGCUUGCUCUUAACAUUGGGCAUUUAAAUUUUUUAAGAAAAUGAUUUUCAAAAGGUGUUAAGAUAAAUAUUUUGCCUAAGACACUGCUUUAAGUUCGUCAUUUAAGCUUCUGAUGUCCUCAAGAUAGAUGCAAAACAAAUACUGAGAGACAUAACUUGGAGAAAGCUACCAUAAGUAUUUGUCAACAGUUGAUGAUAUAUGUUCACUUCCAUUCCUUAACAAAGAGAACAUUAAUAUAAAAUCUCUCCAAAUAAGGUUUUGACAUCCUCCAAUAAAGAUUUGAUAUAAUAAUAAAAAGUUACAAAAUAAAAUCAUAAAAAUAUUUUUUAAAAAAAGAAUGUUUUAAGAGCAUGAUAAAAUGUUUGUUCCUUAUUUUAAACAGCAAUCAAAUUGAUUAUUAUUAAUCAUUAAUCUAUUACAUGACAAGACUUUUUGACAAAAUUAAUAAUUGUUAUCUAAAAGAUAAAUUGUUAAAAAUUUGCCUCUAUACAUGUUUUUAUAUUGUUAUAGAUUUAUACAUGCAUCCUAUAAAAAUGCAUCUACUAUGGGAGUAAAGCUCAUAUAAUUAGAUCACAUGUUUAUUCUUUUGAGUGUCCCCUUGCUUCAGCACAGAUAAUUGAACUGGGUGCUGUAGCUGUUCUUUUAAAAUGUUAAAAAUCAAACUUUUGAUUUUUUUUGUUUUUUGUUUUUUUUGGGGAGGAAAGGUUUUAUUCAGCUUACACUUCCACAUUGCUGUUCAUUACCAAAUGAGUCAAGACAAGAGUCCAAAUAGGACAGGAUUUAUUUUUAAAUUCGGUAUAUUCUUUAUUUACAUUUCAAAUGAUUUCCCCUUUUCUGGCUCCCCACUCCGGAAAGUCCCGUAAGCCCUCUUCCCUCCACCCCUGAUCCUUCAUCUACUCCUUCCCAUUUCCCUGUUCUGGUAUUCCCCUAUACUGCUGCACUGAGCCUUUCCAGAACCAGGGGCCACUCCUUCCUUCUUCUUGGACAUCAUUUGAUAUGUGGAUUAUGUCUUGGGUAUUCAAAAUUUCUAGGCUAAUAAUCCACUUAUCAGCGAGUACUUACCAUGAUUGAUCUUUGGAGACUGGGUUACCUCUCUUAGUAUGAUGUUCUCCAGCUCCAUUCAUUUGUCUAAGAAUUGCAUGAAUUCCCGUAAGCCCCCUUCUCUUCCCCUGUCCUCCCACCCACCCCUUCCCACUUCCCCGUUCUGGUUUUGCUGAAUACUGCUUCACUGAGUCUUUCCAGAACAAGGGGCCACUCCUCCUUUCUUCUUGUACCUCAUUUGAUGUGUGGAUUAUGUUUUGGGUAUUCCAGUUUUCUAGGUUAAUAUCCACUUAUUAGUGAGUGCGUACCAUGAUUCACCUUUUGAGUCUGGGUUACCUCACUUAGUAUGAUGUUCUCUAGCUCCAUCCAUUUGCCAAAGAAUUUCAUGAAUUCAUUGUUUCUAAUGGCUGAAUAGUACUCCAUUGUGUAGAUAUACCACAUUUUUUGCAUCCACUCUUCUGUUGAGGGAUACCUGGGUUCUUUCCAGCAUCUGGCAAUUAUAAAUAGGGCUGCUAUGAACAUAGUAGAGCAUGUAUCCUUAUUACAUGGUGGGGAAUCCUCUGGGUAUAUGCUCAGGAGUGGUAUAGCAGGAUCUUCUGGAAGUGAGAUGCCCAGUUUUCAGAGGAACCGCCAGACUGAUUUCCAGAGUGGCUGUACCAAUUUGCAACCCCACCAGCAGUGGAGGAGUGUUCCUCUUUCUCCACACCCUCUCCAACUGGGAGUGGGGGGCUAGAAAAGGGGAAAUCAUUUGAAAUGUAAAGAAAUUAUAUCGAAUAAAAAAAUUAAAAAAAAAAGAAUUUCAUGAAUUCAUUGUUUCUAAUGGCUGAAUAGUACUCCAUUGUGUAAAUAUACCACAUUUUUUGUAUCCAUUCCUCUGUUGAGGGACACCUGGGUUCUUUCCAGCUUCUGGCUACUACAAAUAGGGCUGCUAUGAACAUAGUGGAGCAUGUGUUCUCAUUGCAUGCCAGGGAAUCCUCUGGGUAUAUACCCAUGAGUGGUAUAGCAGGGUCCUCUGGAUCUGCCAGCCUGCUGGUCUUGGGGCCUAUGUCCUGCUUGGAGAGCAGCUGAGGGAGAGACUCCCCGUGGCCAUAUUCACUGCGUGCCUGGGGCAGAAAAGUAUAACUAGCUUAAAACUGUAUAUACAUAAAAUUAUAAAAAUUACUGUCAUUGUCUAUGUAUAUGCCAAUUAAAUGAACAAUUUAAAGUAAAAGAAAAAAGAUCUCUGGGGGUGCAAACCACCAGGGAUCUGCCUGCACCCAGGACCUGAGCACAUAGGCGGUUCACCUGCCAGCCCGCUGGUCAUGGGCCUGUGUCUUGCUUGGAGAACAGCAGAGGGAGAGUCUUCCCACAGCCACCUUCACGGCCUGCCUGGGCAGAAAAGCAUCACUAGGUACUGUAUUAUCCUGAGCUUAAGACCUCUGGGGGUACAAACCUCCAGGGGUGUGCCUGCGCCCAGGACCUGAGAACAUUGGUGGUUUAUCUGCCAGCCGGUCGUGGGGCCUGUGUCCUAUGUGAGAAUCAACAGAGGGAGUGACGCCCCCCAGCCCCCACCACCAGAGCAGUCCAGGAACACCUGGUUCACCUUGACAACCCAAGUAUAACAUUGCUUGAGGCAGGACAGGAUCUGGGAGGUAGGAGCUGAUGUAGAGGCCAUGGAGGGGUGCUGUUUACAAGCCUACCUACCAGGCUUUCUCAGCCUGCUUUCUUU